AACGUCAACCUCAGUCGGCAGCUGACGAUGCGAAGGGAAGUCAUCUUGACAGCUGUCAUCCGUUGCGAUCGGAGUGCGAGAUACUUCACUAUAGAGCGGGCACAAAAGUGAAGGAGACCCCGUUCACAUAGUAAAGCUAAUAGCCGAGUCCCUGUGAGAGUUCAGGAUGCCACCGUUCUUCAGCUCGCCUACAGGGAAGCACUGCAUCCUGUACCAUACGAAUUGGUGCAACUAUGCCAGAUCAUUCAACGUAAAGGACUUGCCUAUCGACAGCGUCACCGAUAUAUGCUAUGCCUUCUUCAAUCUGGCUCCGUCCAUUGACAAUGCAAAUCUAUGGGUUAUCACCUCUGGUGAUCGCUGGGCGGAUUUCGAGAAUCCUUUCAUGGGGAAGGGCGCGCCACCGGAAAAUACUUGGCAAAGUCCGCCGCAAGAUCUGGGUAAUCUAGGUCAAUUUCGCAAACUGUUGGCGAGUGGUGCUCGUAUCAAUAUUACGCUGAGCAUUGGAGGCUGGACGUGGUCAAAGCAUUUUUCCGAGGCUUCUCGCGACAGUCUGGCACAGAGCGUUAUCAAGUUCUUCAAAGAAUGGGACGUAUUCAAUGGGGUUAGUUUCGAUUGGGAGUACGUCUCGAAUAACGGCGUCAACUACGGAGCAGAUGGAAACGUUACCCAUCCCAGUGACGCUGCCAACUUGCUUCUCUUCAUAAAAAGGGUGAGAAUCCUCUUCCACGAUGAAGGCUGGCUGGAUUAUACCAUUAGCCUCUGCUGUACACCUGCCCCCGAGAAGAUCAAAUUCAAAGUGGAAGAGUUCGUCGAGGUUCUUGAUCAGUUUCAUAUCAUGACAUACGACUUCUCCGGUUCGUGGUCAAAGAUUGCUGCUCAUCAGUCUAAUCUCUACAACUCGCAGUAUUCUGCGUACUCGGUGGAUACGGCCGUCAAGGAAUACCUCGCACGCGGUGUUCCCGCUGCGAAAGUCUUCAUUGGAGUACCGUUCUACUCGCGUGGAUUUGUCACCCAGGGCUUGGGUUGUCCUUCCUCCGGAGCUUCUCCCGACACUUCCUGGGAAGCAGGUGUGGUGGACUACAAGAAGCUUCCACUCCCAGGUGCUGAGGAGUUGUGGGAUGAAGAAGCACAAGCUGCAUACUCUUAUGAUAAGAACCGCAAAGUUCUAAACACUUAUGACGAUCCGCGGGCUGUUCAAGAGAAAUGCGAUUACGUGAAGAGGUUAGGAUUGGGGGGAUUGAUAGUGUGGGAAUCCAGUGCCGACUUUUCCAGUGACCAUGAUCGCAGUCUGCUCAAGGUCAUCAAACAAAGCCUGACGCACAAGAACCCUCGUGAUAGUUCAGAGAUCUCAAUGCAUGAAGUUGGCAAAGCAUUGGAAGAUUUGGAGGGAAAGAAGGAGGAACAACAACCGAAACGGGUAGCGGCGCCUAGCUUACCCAGCAUGUCUACCUCGAUUUACGGUGGCUACCCCCGCCGUGGCCUUCCAACACCUCCUGAUACCUCCGCACCUAGCCUUCUUUCUCAAAAGACUCUGGACAGUCACGGCACACCUCCACCUGUUCCUCUUUCAACGAAGCCGAAAGAGAUGAGCACGCCUGUCAAGCACGGUGCAAGUUCGGUUUCUUCACAAACUUCUGCUUCAACAGCAAUUAGGGGCUCCUACAAAGCAGCGCCACCUUUGCCACCUCACCGUGUGGUUUACCGAAUUCAGCCGACCUCGCGCCCCUCCUCGGUAAACGUUGAGUACCGCGGUUCAACCUAUGAGUGUAUGCUGGCUCACUCAGGAUUGCCGAAUUGGAACCCCGAAGAUGCUAGCACUCUUUGGAAGAGGAGGACGUGA